UUAAAGCAGGAGCCGGAGCAGGCUGGAAGCUGCACUUCACUCACUUGUUGUAGCCGUUUAGAGAGAAAGGCAGCGAGAGUCGGCGGCUAGCGCCGCUGGAGGAGAAACGCUGCUGUUUGCACAUGGAGCUUGUGCCCUGAAGGACAGUUACAGUCAGGGAGGGCCAGGGCUUCCCCCCCGCCACACCACCCACCCCAUCCGAGAUCGGUGUGUGUGUGGCUCAACGGGGACAUCGCUCUGGAAGGUCGCGUCCAAUAACUUGUUCAUUUUGUUUUGCAAGAAACUGGUGCAAAUUAAAUGGAUCGCCAUCCGAAUCUCAUCUGGGGGAUUUGGCUGCAGUUGGAGCUGUGUGCGAUGGCCAUCCUCCUGACGGAAGGUGAAAUCAGAUGCUACUGUGAUGCAUCUAACUGUGUGGCAACGGGUUACAUGUGCAAAUCAGAACUGUCAGCAUGUUUUUCAAGGCUGCUGGACCCCCAGAAUACGAACUCUCCUUUAACCCAUGGGUGUUUAGACACUAUUUCAAAUUCAGCAAGCAUCUGCCAUGCGAAAAGAUCUCAGAAUCACACAGGGACCUGGCCAAUGCUGGAGUGCUGUCACGAGGACAUGUGCAAUUAUAGAGGACUCCAAGACGUUCUUUCACAUCCUGGGAGUGAAACCUCUGAUCAGGGAACUCGGUACCAUCAAGACUCCAGUAAGAACCUGAUCACCAGGGUUCAAGAAUUCACUUCCUCGAAGGAGCUGUGGUUCAGAGCUGCAGUUAUUGCUGUGCCCAUUGCUGGUGGCCUCAUUUUAGUUUUGCUGAUCAUGCUGGCUUUGCGGAUGCUUCGCAGUGAAAACAAAAGACUUCAGGACCAACGGCGGCAGAUGUUGUCUCGUUUGCAUUACAGUUUCCAUGGGCACAACUCCAAAAAGGGGCAGGUGGCUAAGUUAGAUUUGGAGUGUAUGGUACCUGUGACUGGCCAUGAGAACUGCUGCAUGACCUGCGAUAAAAUCAGGCACUCCGAGCUCGGUAAUGACAAGUUUCUGUCUCUCGUUCACUGGGGGAUGUACAGCGGACAUGGGAAGUUGGAGUUUGUAUGACCCCGAGUUUAAUCUCGAACUACUCGUGGUUCUAUUCUGCUGGACAAGUGCACUUUAUGUGAAAGACAAUCAUGGACUUACUGAGUACAGUAAUUUUAAAGAAGACUUAAGGUUGAACAAGGGACCUGAUUUUAAUAUAUUCUACACAUAGAGUCCUUGCCUCUGUGAAGGUUUCCAAAAUUUCUCAUUUGCACACUUUGUAUAAGGAUGAAUUCUCUACACUUGUUUCUAGAAACAUUUCACCUAACUCGGGGAGAGGGGGAACAAAAGGAAAAAAAAUUGAUUUUUUUUUGAACUAGCAGAAAUGGAGAUAACUGAUGUAUGUAUAUUUGUGUCCACUCCUGCUCUUUAUAUGUUUCCUGUUCCGAUUUAUUGUAAAAAUCUGAAAAUAUAUUUUUUCUCUAAUUCUGA